CGCAUUUGCAUCAAUCACGAGUUCUAGCUCAAUAAAUCUCCGACAAUUAUCCAUUAAAAAUGGCAUCACAACUCUUGCCCCUAGAAUUGAUUGACAAGUGUGUGGGCUCAAGGAUAUGGGUGGUCAUGAAAGGCGACAAAGAAUUUAGUGGCACGCUAUUAGGCUUUGAUGACUACGUCAACAUGGUUCUUGAAGAUGUGACCGAAUUUGAUUAUACUGGAUCACAGACCAAAUUGCCCAAGAUUCUAUUAAACGGCAACAACAUUUGCAUGCUCGUACCAGGGGGCGAAGGCCCUGUGGCUGCUACAGCCUGAUUUUAGCUCUAAUACAUCAAAGAGCUGUAACUCAUGGGUCUUGUUAUUCGAAUUGCUGGGCGUUUAAGGUUGGAGCUUAAUGCUUUCCAAUGAGCUCUCACGAAAGUCACAUGCAUUUGGUCACUGCUUAAAUAAAAAAAGAAAGUUUUAUUCUGCAAUAAAUCUAUAAAUCCACCUCACUUCUCAAUCUACCCUAAUGGGAUUUCUCCUCUCUGCUGGCAAAGCAUCACCGAGGCUUAAAUGCACGAAGUACUGUUAUCUCGGUGGAGGUUGACAAUUUUUUCGUGAAGUCGGG